CUGCGCAUACUACCUGCAGGUCUAAUGCAGUGCAGUGAUUUCACUCACAGCACAGAUAUUUUAACACCACAUUAAGUCUUCAAAGAAACAAGCAAAAAAAAUAUAGGGAAGAAGUUGGCCAAGGAGACGCUGCUGCCUUCUGUGCUGAAAGACGGUGACGCAGAGACGGAAAGUGAGAAGCUGCAGCUGGGAGAGGUAGGAAGCUGACCAUCCGGCCAAGUGUGCAAACGCUUGAGUAAGGGAAGUGUGAACAACCAGAAAUCAAGGGAGUGAAAGACUGCUAGAACAGCCUCUGGGGAUGCGGGAUAAAGGCGUAGAAGGAAAGCAGAGAGCGAGCGAGGCCGAGGUCGACAUGCGUGGGCCAAAGGACCAACGCUCGUGUCCUGAAGGGAAUGUGCUAGACAGAGGUGAAAGAGAGGAGGAGGAGGAGAAUGAAGAGGAGGAGCUGGGAGGACUAGAGUGUGUGAUCUCUGAUGAGGACUAUGAUACAGAUUUGGAGCUCAGAGAUAAGAGGGAGGCAUAUGACCCGACUGGACAGACGUGCUACAUGGAGGCGUGUGAAGCGUUACAGGUGGUACCUGCCUCUUACUUCCUGCGGCACAUGCAAAAUAGCGAACUGUCCAUGAUGCAUCGUGGUCUGGGUCCUCAGGGCACCAAAGCACUGGCAGUUCCCCUGGUAACCAACACUUCAAUACUGAGGCUGAACCUGCGAGAUAAUUGGAUGGAAGGAAUGGGCGGAGCUGCUAUAGCCGAGAUGUUAAAGGAAAAUUGUUACAUUACAGAGGUGGACCUAUCCGACAACAAUCUUGGGGAUUAUGGGGCCAGGGCCAUCGCUGGUAUGCUUAAGGAGAACAGCACCCUGGCGAGCCUCAAUCUGUCAGGAAACAAUUUCACGGACCGGUCGGCUGAACACCUCGGCCCAGCACUGAUAACAAACUCCAAGCUACAGCACCUCGACCUCAGCCACAACGCUCUGGGAGAGCGUGCAGGGCAAAACCUGGGUGACUCUCUGUCAGAGAACACAGGGUUGAGAUCAUUAAGUCUGGCCUGGAACUGCAUUCGAGGGAGAGGAGCUGUGAUGUUGGCCAAUGGCCUUGGGGGAAACAUUUUCCUCAGAACAGUGGAUCUGUCUUUUAAUGGCUUUGGUAAAGAAGGAGCCAUUGCUUUAGGACAGGCUCUGAAAGAGAACACCGUUUUGGAGGAGUUGAAUGUCAGUAGCAACAGAAUACCCCCUGAAGGAGCAAUCCACCUAGCCAUGGGCAUCAAAGUAAACAAGACAAUCAAAUCCCUGAAUAUGGGUAGGAACCCCAUCCAAAAUGCUGGGUGCUAUGGGAUUCUCAAGUCUGUACAGGAAAACCCAGAUUCAGCCAUGGAGGAAUUAGUCUUUACGGACAUCACAGUGAACCAGGAUUUUGAAGAUUUGUACACGGCAGUGAAAGAAAUGUUCCCUGCGCUUACAGUAAAUCGCGGGGGCAGAGUUGGCGCAUUCAAAAAAGCAAAAGCUUGAAAAGUACUACUGUAAUUGCUGUACUUUAUGCCAGGAAAGAUGGAAGGAGUCUUGUCAAAGCCCUGUGGACGUUUUCGACAGAUGAACCAAAGGAUGGAUGCGUGCAAGGAUAUCAUUUGAGAUGAGCGCCACAAGAGCAUAUUCCUCUGAAUGAAAUGUAUUUAAAUCAAAUGAAACUUGUAAAA